AUGGAAACAACUACUGUAAAUUUACGACUGGUUUCACGUGGACGGAACAGAUCUCGUUUCUGUUACAAUCACGGUAUUAAAGUACCAUUUUUCACAUACUACACUAAAGCCUGUCUUUCAUUUAUGCAUACAUACACAUAACAUACUUUUGAAAUGAAAAUUGAAUAAUCAAUUCUUCUUGAUUAAACCAAAUUUUUUUUUUUAAUAUUAUUUGUUAUUUAUCUAUAAUAGUAUAGAAUACUAACUUUACUCACUUUGAAUUAAUGCAUACAUCACUGUCUUCUAAGUCGCAGAAUUUUACAUUUAAAAUAAUUGUUAUUAUUCUCUUAUUAUUUUAUAUAAAUGGUUAUAAUAAAUAAAACAAAAGAUAUAGAAUCUGAAUUAUUUAUAUUAUUUCAUUGUAAAUAUAAAAAAAAUUACAUAUAAUUCUUAUUGUUUAAACAUGAUUGGAGAUUGCUUGUAACGAUUCGAGAUUCUACCAAUCAUAAUCUUCUACAUAUAUUAGAAACCUUUAUUCGAGCAAUGAAAAUAUCUUUCUUGGUGUCGUUGAAUAUACGAACAAUUAUUUGCUGCUACAAGAGAAAAUAUAUAAACACUAUAUAGAUGGUUCAAUGUUCAUUUCGAGUUAGAGUGAGGUUCAAGACGUCAAUGGCUUACAUUAGUUGUGCAUGUUGCUUGUAACGAUUAAAAAGUGACGAAACAGAGUUUCUCGAUACGUGUAUAUAUUUUUCAAAUUUGACAGUAAACGACAACACAAUGGCUGGAACCCGAGAUGAAAUUUUAGCUAAUUUUCAGGUGAUUUAUUGGUUGAUUAAUUGUUCGUUAAUAUCAUAUACAAAAUAGAAUUUUAGGUUAUGAUGUGCAUUAAUGACAUUGACAGUAGUAAAAAAAAGAUGUAUGAAUAUAAAAUAAUAUUUUCGUUUGUUUUUUUUCGAGCUAUCAAAAUUUUAACGAUAUUUUAAAAUAUAUAAAAAGAAAAUUAUAUAUAGGGUGGUUUGAAAAUAAAAAAUGCAAUCAGAAAGAAAGCGAUUCUAUAAAAAAAAAAUUAAAUUUGGUAUAAAGAUUUUUUGUUUCCAAGAAACUCAAUCUCAAAAAUUGAAUUUUGUAUAUUAUUAAUAUUAAAAUAAUAUACUAUGAUGUUCGAUAUUGUAUAUUUUUAAACGUUUCUUUAUACUUCUUUUGUCUUCCGUACUGUAUUUACGAAUCAUGAAAACGAAUAACAAAGACUAAAAAAUUACAAAUGGAUAAACGGAUUAUAAAUAAAAAAGAAUUGUUCUACUAAUUUGAAACAUAUUGUUUAAAACUAAUUUUAAAUUAAUAUUUAUAUUUAUUAUUUACAAAAUAUAAAUAAAUAUAAACUAUUCUUUUAGGCAUGCACAGGAAUUGAUGAUGUUGGUGAUGCUAUUAAAUAUUUAGAAGAAUCAAAUUGGGAUUUAUUGGUAAACUUUUUAUCUAAAUUUAUUUAUAUAUUAUAUGUAGAAAUCCAUUAAAGUUUAAAUGAUAUAUUAUAUAGGCAGCAGUAAAUCAAGCUAUGCUUCGUAGUACACAACAAUUAUCUUCUGAAGUAAGUCCAGACAUAGAAAUGAUAGAAGAAAUUGAAAGAAUGCCUCAAGCUCAUUCAUUACAAUCUCAAACUAAUUGUGAUUCUAAAAGUAGUUCCAAGGUAGAAAUAACAGAAAAUUCAAAACCAGGAACAAGUAAACCUAAAAGUUCUGAAAGAGAAAGAAUUCUUACAUUCCAUAUUAAUCAUCUUAAUAAUGAAUAUAAAAUAAAUUUGUCUGAGUUUUCAUCAUUAAAGGAUCUCAAACAGCUUAUAUGGGUACAAACAAAUGUGCCACCUUGCCAACAACGUCUUUAUGGAUGGAAGAAAGAACCAAAAUCAGAUUAUAGAUCACUGCAAUCGUUAGAUUUACCUAAAGAAAAUACUUUAUAUAUGUCUUCUGCAACAGAAGAUGCUGAUUUAACAAGUGAUAUAAUGAGUUUAUCAAAUCGAAUGAGACAAACAUAUACUUUAAAUAUUAAAGAUGAAAUAAAGAAGGAAACAUAUAACUUGAAAUUUCCUGGAACCAAUACAAUCUUGGAUGUAAAAUCUGGCAUUUAUUCAUUAACAACUGUUCCAGUUCGAAAUCAACAAUGGAAAGGCUGGCCAAGUUCAGUAAAAAACGAUAAUGUUAUGUUAGCGGAAAGUGGAAUUUCUUAUCCAGAACAUGAUUUGUCUGUUAAUGAAAUCCCCAUAAAAAAAGAUAGAAAGGAAGUUAUAGACCUAGUUGAGAGUGAUAGUUCUAUAGAUGAGGAUGAUAUAGAAGAUGAUGUUUUUGUAGAUAAUGUCAGAUCUACAAAACCUCAACGUCUUAUGCCAGAAAAUGUAACAGAUGAAACAAUAGGAACAAUGCAUUUUGCAGAAGAAUUCGAAAAACGAUAUGGACCAGCACAUCCAGAAUUUUUUACUGGUACAUUUAAAGAUGCUGUUAAAGAAUCAUGCUUAAAGCCAGCAAAAGAGAGAAAAUUGUUAGCUGUAUAUUUGCAUCAUGAUAAUAGUGUAUUAGCAAAUGUAUUUUGCACACAGUUAUUAAGUUGUGAGGCAGUACUACAAGUUUUGUCUGCAAAUUUCAUUGUAUGGGGUUGGGAUAUUACAUUUGAAUCCAAUAAGCAAAAAUUCCUUUCAUCUGUAAAGCAAACAUUAGGAUCAUUUGCAACAUUAGCUAUGGAAAAUAUAGAUGUUGAUACUUUACCUGCUCUUGUAAUUAUAAUGAGAGCUAGAUCCAUUACAGAAAUGUUUACAGUAAUACAUGCCAAUGUCGGAGUAAAUGAACUAUUAACUAAUUUAAUUCACGUUGUUGAAGUAUUUCAGGAACAGAGACGAACAGAUAUUGGUGUUGAAGAAGAAAGACAAGCUAGAGAAAGAGUAAAACAAGAACAAGAUAGAGCAUAUCAAGAAAGUUUAGCUGCAGAUAGAGCAAAAGAAGAAGCAAAACAAAUGCAAGAAGAACUAGAAAAGCAACGAAAAGAACAGGCUAAAAACGAAAGGUUGGCUGAAGAAGCAAGAAAGGAAGCUCAUAGACAAGCAGUUGAAUCAAGUUUACCUCCUGAACCACAACAAAGUACUGGUGAUGGAGUGCUAAAAGUACGAGUGCGGCUUCCAGCUGGAAAAUUCCUGGAACGUAGAUUUCGAUCUGAUACACCAUUACAAACACUUCUUAAUUUCCUUAUUGUGGAAGGUUAUCCAACAGACGAAUACAAAGUUCUGUGUAAUUGGCCUCGAAGGGAUGUAAGUAGAUGAUGUAAGCACUUGAGUUCCCACUACAUAGAUGUGCUCCUCAUUUUAUUAAAUAUGGAGGAAUGAUCUUUUUACACGUGUUGUUAAUUCGUUACAGUAAAUUUAAAUUUUUAGUGUAAUUAAAAUUUAUUCAAAGUUACUUUUUUCAGUUAACUUCUAUGGAUUCGAAACUCACACUUAUGGAUCUGAAAUUUUGCCCUCAAGAAACAGUAAUUUUAGAAGAACGAUAA